AUGCAAGGAGAAGAGGGUGCUGAUGUCACUAUAUGGGUGUUUGAUCCAGAAAAAGCCGACAUAGAUGAAUUGCUGUGGAAUGCAGAGACACCUUCCCUGAAUUCCCAAAUACUGAGCAAGCAGUUGGCAACUUUGGGACAGCAUCCCACAAUACAUACAGUUUUGAAGAGGAAAACUUAUCUCCCAGAUACCAUAUUGAUGGAGGGAACCUGGGUCAUUCGUUUACCAAUGACCUCAGAAGAUUUACUAAAAGAGAUUAAAGGCAACCAAGUGGCAUUCCAAGACUGCUUUAUUGCAAAUCUCCCUUUCCUGUUGACGUUCCCUAUGUUAACCAUGCCUGAGAUCCCGCAGUAUUUACCACUCACUCUGCCAGCCGGGAGCCCACUCAUGACCACCUGGAGCGCAUGCGUUCCUUCCUUCGCUCUCGUGAUCUCAGAACUGGAAACCUUUCAGACAAACGAUUCCUUCCGGACGUGGGUCGCAGUGAGAGUCCCUCCGAAUGUCCUCAGUGAUGCAGACAGGCACAGCGUGGAGGCCGUGAGCCUGCUAAAGACUCGGAUCAUCUUCCUCAUCAAAGGCACUCUUUACCUGAAAACUCCUUCCACGUUUAAAAAACUGGAAAGCAGUACAGGUCUUCCUGUCGGAAGAAUUCUUGGAAUUUCAAGAAGAAGAUGGUGUUGGAUCAAAUAUUUCUCUAAGACAUUUAGAAGCUGGGACAAUUCACUACCUCUAUUACUAUACUGGAAUAAAUUCAUGAAAGGAGGCUCUUCAAGCAGAAGGAAAAUAAUGCUACGUGAUCUCCACAAGAAAGUGUUUUAUCACACCAACAGAAGAGAAGCUAGAAGACUAUCCAAAUAUAUUUCAAAACAUGGACUAUUGAAUGAAAAAAGAAAAAGUAUGAUGGCAGUCUGGACAAAAGACGAAUUUUUCCUUGGAUAUUCUUCACUGAAAUUUGUGAAAAUAGUAGAUACGAAAAGCCUGAAAACUCGUAUAAAGUUUCCGCUAAGUAAUGAUCUGACAAUACAAUAUGUUGAGUACACAGGACACCCCCAGGAGCUCGCCCUGCUGUUAAGUCAUUGUGUCACAUGUACGACCACUAAACAGAUGUACAUAGUGAUAUAUAAUGAAGACUUGAUGACAUGGACAUUCCAAGACUUUAAGUUAUCUGUGUCCAUCAACACUACUUUAACCCCACGUUUUCUGCACUCGGCACUGCCAGAAUUGAUCCUGUGGGACAAACACAGGAUAUACUAUUGCUAUCAAAAUUUCACCCAGAUUGGAGUUAUACAGACAUCUACAGGACAGGAUGAUCUGUCACUCUUAUCAGAUGGCAGCAAUAUUCAUGACAUUCUUCUAGAUUAUCAAGGUUCUAUUUUGGUAAAAAUGGAAAAUAAUGUGAUGUUCUUUUCCAAGAUUAGCAUUAGUGAUGUAAUUAAGCUGCAUCAAUGGUCAAAUGAGACAGUACCAUCCACAGUGCUCUUCAGCGAAGCUGCUCAAAUAUAUAUUAUAUAUUUCUUUGACAAUUUCACAGUAAAAACACAUGAAUAUCCCUUAUUUCUGGAAAUAAAAAGUGUAACAUACAAAACAAAAGACAGAUGCCCAUACAUGGCAUUUCAUAAUAAUGUUUUUAGUUCUUUUAACUUUUUGGACAAAGGAGAAAGCCUGACAGUUUGGGCACAAAUAGUCUAUCCAGAAAAUCUUGGUCUGUACAUUAUUGUGGAACAAUAUGGCCCAAAUAUAUUAACACGGACACAAAGCACUAACUAUGAAAUUGCCUUGGGAUACUGCACGAAAUCUGUGGAAACUAAAUUUUCUCAGAAUGUAGAUUAUAAUUUAGCAGAUGAUUACUUCGAUUUACAAGAAAAGAACACGGGUCUUGUGCUUGUUCAUCUCCGACCUAGUGAGUUUUCAAAAAUGUGUCCAUUGGCCAAAAAGGUGUUCCAAAUUGCUGUUGGCUGUGAUGUGAAUAAAUACAUUGUGGUUGAUGGAUUUAGUAAAGAAGGAUGUCAGCGCAGAGACUUUUCUUAUGUGAUUGACAAGGCAUAUCUGAGAAAUCAACCAUCUAAAAACUUGAAAGUAAGAUACGAUUGGGGAAGAUAUGGCUGCCCACUGAGACUCGAAUUCAAACAGAAGUUUAAACCCAUAAUACAACUAUUUGAUGACAAUGGCUUCAUUAAAGACGUUGAAGCCAAUUUCAUCGUGUGGGAAAUCCACGGAAGGAACGACUACAGCUUCAACACCACCAUGAAGCAGAAUGGCUGUGUAAAUGAAGCACAGACGUGGGAGUCAAUGAGACAGUUAAACAAAAGCCUCUCGCUGGAGGAUGUGUGGGGGCCACAGAACUAUAGAACCUGUUUUUCUUAUGCUGUUGGAAAACCAGGAGACUUAAACCAACCAUAUGAAAUUUUAAACAGUACUGGUAAUAACCAUUUAAUAUGGCCCACGGACCAUUCUGGAAUGUAUGUGUUUCAUGUGAGGAUCCUAGAUCCAAACUUCAGUUUCUGUGACCUCACAGCUACUUUCGCAAUUGAGACCUUUGGAGUGAUUCCCAGACCAAGUGCCUACCUAGUCAUUGCUUUCCUCUUUGUCCUGUUGCUACUGUUCAUCAGCAUUCUGGUUCUGAGCUACUUCUGGUACAUGAAGAUUUACAGACAACUUAUUAAGGAACCACUUCACAAACCUCCCAAUAAACAGAAGAAAUAUUAGGAAAAUGGAGACUUAUUAGCUAUACAUAUAUAGAUAGAUAAACAGAGAAUGCAUAUAUAUGUGUGUAUAGUGAAAGUAUGUGUUCAAUUAAGAAUGUUAAAUAUAAGCUCAUACUAUUAUUAAAUUCAAGAUCUGGAAGUGUUCUUAAAUUGC